GUCUUGGAUCGAGAUCUCUUCCAAUCUCAAUGGCUUCCGCGUCUGCUCUGCCUCCUCCUUCAUACGCUCUCGAGAUCCGAGACCAGUACGACGAGAAAGAGGAUUUCGCCGACAGCAAAUGCGCUUUCGUUACGGUAGCUAUCUGCCCUUGCCUCGUGAUUCUCAUCAUCGUCGUCAUCGUCGUGUCGAUCGUCCUUAUGGUAAAGCUCCGCAUCUUUUGCCACAUCCCUGUCCACAGUCUCUCCAGUCUCAUUUCUAAGAAGAAAUGCCAUGCGUGAAUGAUUCUAGUGUUUUUUUUUCUAGGGUUUAGAUUGGCAGUAUAUGUUUGUUGUUUGGGGUUUUUCUUGAUGCUUUCAGAUUCUGGGGUUUUGAGUGGAGUGUAGAGAAGAUUGGGUUCUUGAAUACCAGAGCUUUUUCUAGGUUUUUGGAUUGGAGAUGUUGAAAGGAUGUUGAUAUCAAAAACCAGGGUCUUUUCUAGGGUUUUAAAUGGAGAUGGUGAAAGGGUGGCGUUGUUGAAUUCUAGGGCCUUUUUUAGGGUUUGGAAUGCAGAUGCAGGAACCGAGCGUCGCGGCAGCGCUGAUGGUGAGAGCAAUGAGGGUUUUGGGUCGGGGAAUUCGAGAGAAAGAAUGCUGGUUUUGAAUGGAUGUGUAGGAAAAGCAUCUGUGUUGGAUCCUAGGGUUUUUCGUACUGUUUCAAAUGGUUGUGCGGGGAAAUUUCCAAUUUUGGAUUCUAGGUGGUUUUCUAACAUUUCAAAUAGGGAUCCAGAAACUGCUGAUGAAAUAGGAGGCAGGAGUGAAUUUGAUGAUGGUGAUGAGGGUAUUAAGUCAGAGAAUCCGAAGGAAAAAAUGCCAGUUUUAAGCUCUAGGGUUUCUUCUGGGGUUUUGGAUGUAGCUGCAAUGAAAAUUUCUGUUCUGAAUUCUAGGUCUUUCUGUAGCGCUGUUGAUGGAGAUUCAGAGUCCGACGAUGAAACUGAUGCCACUGAUGGCAUGGAUUAUAGCAACGAGGGUUUAAAGUUGGCUGAUCCAGAAGAGGUUGAUAGAGUGUGUAAAGUUAUUGAAGAUCUGUUUGCAGCAGAUCGUAACAUGGAAGCAGUUCUGGAUCAGUGCAAUAUCAAUCUAUCCCAUUCCCUUAUUGUGGAUGUUUUAGCUCGGUUUUGUCAUGCAAGGAAACCCGCAUUUCGGUUCUUCUGCUGGGCGGGGCAAAAGCCAGGGUUUUCACAUGAUUCGCGGACAUAUAAUGCGAUGAUGAGUAUUCUUGGGAAGACGAGGCAGUUCGAGAGCAUGGUAGAGAUGCUUGAAGAUAUGGGGAAGAAGGGGCUUCUCACAAUGGAUACAUUUGUCAUUGCAAUUAGGGCAUUUGCAGCUGCACGGGAAAUGAAGAAAGCUGUUGGGAUUUUCGAGUUGAUGAAAAGGUAUGACUUCAAAGCAGGCGUGGAAACAUUGAAUUCCCUGUUGGACGCACUUGCAAGGGUGAAGCUUGGAAAGGAAGCUCAGGCUUUGUUUGAGAAGUUGAAGGAUCAGUUCUCUCCAGAUUUGCGGACAUAUUCGAUUCUGCUUGCUGGAUGGUGCAAGGUGAAGAAUCUGAUGGAGGCGGGAAAGGUUUGGAAUGAAAUGAUUGAUAAAGGUUUGAAACCUGAUAUAGUUGCUCAUAACACAAUGUUGGAAGGGUUGUUUAGAGGUAGAAGGCGAUCAGAGGCAAUCAAGCUGUUUGAGCUCAUGAAAGCCAAAGGGCCAUCACCGAACGUCCGGAGCUACACCAUCUUGAUAAGGGAUUUGUGUAAGGGGAACAAGAUGGAAGCAGCAGUUGGGUAUUUCGACGAAAUGCUGGCUGACGGUUGCCAGCCAGAUGCUGCAGUCUACACAUGUUUGAUUGUUGGGUUUGGAAAUCAGAAGAAGAUGGAUAAGGUCUAUGGGUUGCUGCAGGAGAUGAAAGAAAAGGGUUGUCCACCAGAUGUGCGGACGUACAAUGCUCUAAUUAAACUGAUGACGAAUCGCAAUAUGCCAGACGAUGCCGUGAGGAUAUACAAAAGGAUGGUUGGGAACGGCUUUGAACCGACAAUCCACACUUAUAACAUGUUGAUGAAGUCCUACUUCCGUUCAAAGAAUUACGACAUGGGGCGUGCAGUUUGGGAAGAGAUGGGUAAGAAAGGGUGUUGCCCUGAUGAUAAUUCUUAUAUUGUUUUUAUCAGUGGACUUAUAAGCCAAGGAAGAUCGGAAGAGGCUUGUAAAUAUAUAGAGGAUAUGAUAAACAAAGGAAUGAAGGCUCCUCAACUUGAUUAUAACAAGUUCGCUGCAGAUUUCUCUAGAGCGGGAAAACCCGAUAUCCUCAACGAACUGGCACAGAAAAUGAAGUUCUCUGGCAAGUUUGAGGUUUCCAAUAUGUUUGCAAGAUGGGCUGAGAUGAUGAAGAAGAGAGUUAAGCAGAGAAAUCCUGAUCAAACAGGGCAGCGGUUUUUUUGAAUUCUUUAUAUUAAUCAACGCUGCUGGCUCUCAAUGAAUCAUAGACAGUUGACAGCAUUGCCGACAACUUGCUCAUCUUUUGGCAUUCAACUGAUGGACCUGUUGUACUUGUAUCUGUACGUGAUCUGCAUGAACAGAGUGAUAGAAACUAUUGAAGUAUCUUGUAUUGUAUUGUAAAUUUACAUCUGAUAUUCUUAUCAGGAUCAUUUUGGGGUUUUCAAGAUAUUUGGAUUUGUUUGAAAUUCCAGUUGGUACUUUUUGUGGAGCUUGUAUCUUAUGGAGUGCUGAUUACAUGUCUGUCUGUUUCUGUAGAUAUGUGAGUUCUGAACAUCA